GUGGGCCGUGUGUUGUGUUGGGCCCGUGUGCGCCGUUUGAUGGGACGGGCCGACGGACGCACGCGUGUUGUGAUAUAAAACGCGCGAUUUAACGUUCCUUCGAGAUCCAUUUUUACGAUUAAUUCCGCAUUAAUUCGCCCGUUUGCGAAAUGAUACGCUCCGCUUCGCAGCGAAGCUCGGCCGAUCCGCGUCGUCGCGUCCCGCUCGCUCGCUCAAGCUAUCCCCUGGCUUAACCUACAAGGGUACCUGGCGCGAGCAAACGCGUACCUUUCGCGUUUGCACGUUUCAAGAAAACUGCACAAUUACGUCAGAGUUAUAGGGCAAUAUCAGCAUUCACAAUGGCGGGAGAACAACAGCAGUUUUUUCUUAAAUGGAACGACUUCCAAUCAAACAUGGUAUCAUCGUUCAAACACCUGCGAGAUGAAAAAAGUUUCACGGAUGUGACGUUGGCUUGCGAUGGUCAAACUUGCAAAGCGCAUAAAAUGGUUUUGUCCGCCUGUAGUCCUUAUUUCAAAUCCUUGUUAGAGGAAAAUCCGUCCAAACAUCCUAUUAUAAUUCUAAAGGAUGUUGCAUAUAGCCAUUUGCAAGCCAUUCUAGAAUUCAUGUAUGCGGGUGAAGUAAAUGUUUCACAAGAUCAAUUACCAGCAUUUCUCAAAACAGCAGACCGGCUUAAAGUUAAAGGAUUAGCUGAAGCCCCUGGUGCCAUUAAGAGAGAAGGUUAAAGAUACGCACGUAAUUAUGGUCUUUGAAAAACUGGACUGAAAAAGAAAAGAAACAAUGUAAUAAUGUAAAGUGAUUGCGCAAAACAAACUCCACACAACAUAAACACACACUAAGACACAUACAUGAAUGCAUAUAUAUAUAUAUAUAUAUAUAUAUAUAUAUAUAUAUAUAAUAUAAAAUAAACACUACAUGUGCACAACCCAAUAUCCUCUGGUUCAUGACUUGGAUCAACAUAUAUACAAUGACAAUGUAAAAUAAUGCCUUUUUCUUAAUCUCAUUUAAUGUUAAUGAUUGUACUGACAGUAUGACAGUACACAUAAAUAGAAACAAGAUGUUGAUGUUUGUCUUGAACCCAUUAUGCCACAUUGCAGCGGCAACGAUAACACAACACAUUGAUUAUUUUUUUAAAAUAAGGCGCCGCGAGGCGCGAAUAAGUGGGUCGCGAUAGUUUACAAUAUAUGCUGACCGGGGCAGUCUUGAUAGAUCAAGUUGGAAAUGUUGAGGACAUCUGUUACAACGCCUGUUUUUUCAAGCCGAUCUACUUGACUCACAGCACUCCUCUAUCGGUUCAAUUUGGUAGAUCUAUUCACGAAGUAGCUUUAUCUCUUUUGCCUUUGUCGCGUGUCAACUUAUCACUUAUUGUGAAGCUCAUUUGAAAUCUAUGCAGCUUAUCGAAAUAUGAAAGUCUCUUUCGCAUCUUUUUGAUAGAUAUCUACGUAUAUUGCAUUCAUUUUCGUGAAAUAUUUACCUGAUAAUGAAAAAACGAUCAUAAAAGUAAGCAUACAAUUAUGAAGAUUUUUCUUUAAGAAAUCGAUCGUAUAGGGCCUUAACGAUUCUAUUUCGCACUAUAUUACAUAUAAAUGAUAGUUGAACGAAGGAAAGUAUUUCAUUGACAUCCAAUCGGGAAGUUAUGCUUCUGUCGUGGAUAGAUUUGCGAAACCUCCGACAAUUAAAUAAUAUCAAAUCAAGUUUGCUAGAAGUAGUAACGUGCGUAUUUACGUCAUUCAAUACAAAUUUUUUUCGUCAAAUUUGCGAAAUGACAUUAAAACGACAUAUUUGUGCGUGUUUGCGCGAAAUGUAAAAAAAUAAGUAUAAAAUACUUACGAGAAGAAUUGUUCUUGCAAUAUCGCAACUGAUCCCGUACAAGUUACCUCUUCUAGUGACCAUGAUUUUUACUUAACCAAAUACUGCCAGUAUUUGUACCGGCGUAUUCACAAUAUUACCGAUAGACCAAAUUUAUUUAUGAUAAUAAUAUAUUAAGGGUUGAAAAAAAUGAUGUGUGUGUUUUAAAUCGAGGGAAGGUUAUUGUAAUAUAAGCGAAGUAAAUUUUUGUAAAGUCGGAGCGCACAGUUCCUUUUCCCUCCCGACAACCAAGACGCUCGAAAAAGUUUAAGAAAAAGGUCAGGAAACAUUAUCGAGUCAAGGACACAAAAAUCGAUGUAUUGUAGAUAUAUUUUUCCUCUUGUCUCUAUAUGAAAUAUUUUAACAUUCGGAUUUCAUUCUUUAUCACUUUUAAAUUUUACGACAUAUACGAGUUUUUUAUUAAUUUUAUUUAUUGCUAAAUAAGUCCGCGCUUGCGAUUUCCUGACUAGCUGUUUCUUAAAAUUAUAUAUACAUUGAGAAUCUCUAUAAUUACGUGAAUUUUUCUUGCGAUUUAAUUUUUGUGCCGGAUAUGAAUUUAUACCAACACUCCAAUUUUUACAUGAAUUAUAUGGAAUUAGCACGAGUAUACUCCUACUGAUACUAUAUUUUGGAUCAAACACAUUCGAACGUCAAUCAUAUCCCGCAGAUUAUGAAUUAGCGCAUUAUUUUCUAUCGAUUUUGCUUCGGAUGUUUCUGUGAUUAACAUGAGGCCGCUCUGAAAGCCUAGGUUGUAAGAAUGGUCCGUCAAAAAAAUUAUACAGAUUUCGGUAAUACAUGUGUCAACAAGAACGUUCUGAUAAUCAACGGGACCAUUCAUGUGUGAGCGACAUUAAAACGAAGUUUGCGAUAUAGAAAUACUUGAAAAACAUUUGGGAUCUUUCUUCUCAGAAUAAAAAAUGUUUAGUUACGUCGACCGUCUUUAUACUUAAUUAUUUUUUACAGUCAUCCGAUAGCAAUAUCGUGCAAUAGAUGUUCAUUCGAAGUAUUUAAGGCGGUGUUAAAUGCCUCAAGUUGGAUGGGUUCAGUUCCUACAAUAAUACGUUUGCCGGGCAUUUGGUGGCUGAAUGUGAAUAGUUGUACCAUGUACAUUUGCUAUGUUGUAAAUUUGGAGUACAAUUAUUGUAGAAUAGAAAAUCUCACAUACAGGAGUGAUCGAUUCGUGCUAAGUUCACGAUUAUAUCAUAAGCCCUUUCUCGUUAUAUUUCUUGCUUUAUCUUCAAUUUUCGCACACCCAUUUUCCGUACUCUCCGCAUUGAAAACUAUAAAUUGAUUUCAAAUCGAUUCGCUUGUAAAAGUUAUCGGGAUGAAUUUUCCUUUCCUCCCUCUCCUUUCCCUUGUUGCACUAUUUUUAUCAUCCGUUAUUUUUACUAUUCUACCAAAAUUCAAAACUUUAUUAACGUUAUUUUUGCUAUUAUAUGACUCGAUGAUGAUUAUAAUAUGAUGAGAUGAUGUUGAGAUAUAAAAUAAAUUAUGUAAAUAUAUCA